UUUUAAAUUUUUUCCCCGCGAGCGUAUUCGUGCAAUAAUAAUUUAAUAUAAAUGGAAAUCUGAACAUGUCCAAUGACGGCGCAGUAUCAAUUGAAAAGGAUAAAGAUUCUUCUCAAAUAUCGCAAUCACAGAAUUUACAGAUUUCGGGACCAAAAACUAAUUGAAAGAUUUGUUCGAUGCAGUCAACUGCUCAAAAUUAUUGAAGGCGCAACAGAACUAUUUAUAAAAAGAUAUCGUAAUAGCAAGAAGCCGGAAGAUGCAUUAGGUGCUCUAUUUGUACCGCUUCAUUUCGAGUACAUCCAUUUUAUUCACAAUAAUGCUAAUGAAUUGUUGCACCAGAUAAUCGAAGAACCAUUACAAUUUUUGAACGCUGCUAAAUAUUGCGUUUAUGGGAUUGUUCGUGAUCAAAUUAAAUUAUCUGGAAACACAGUAGAGAGUAACGCACUUAAGUCUAUUGACAUUGACCAACUUCACAUCCAACUGAGAUUCAUCGGAUUACCACUCCAGGAAGAUCUCCACUUUGCACACUACAAAAACUGUUGGCCGCCCGGGCUGUCAUGGACAACUGGAAUUUUGUCGGCAAUAUCGGAACCUCAGUGGGCAAUUUUACAGUCGACGUGGUUUUGUUCAACCGGUUGCAAUCGUAAUAAAAUUAAAUCGGACUCGAUAGAUGCACCCAUAUGCAAUAGCUGUGGUCAGCACAUGAAUGAAUAUGCAAAAUUGCGUGUGACUGAGAAAUAUCAUUUCCUCCGCUUACUUCCCACCUCUUGUAUUGAAAACCCCAGAGUUGUGAAUAAAAUUUUCCGUGCACUAACUGUGCAUUGCAAAGAACAUGUCCACGAUUGCGAACUGCGUCUUGGAACUAGCUACUUCAUAAUUGGUUACUACGAUUACACGCGUGCUGGUCAAAUUUUUCAAGCAUGGAGCGUAAUCAUACGUUAG